CUUGUUCCCUUCUUCGUCUUCCUUUGUCCGCGGUGGCCACCUUUCUCUACGCGCCUGUGCUACCCUCCCCCCAUCUGCUAACUUAUUAAUGCUACUAUGGCUCUGAACCUCUCCCCACGUAAGGUGGUCCCGUUGGCCAGUGGCGAUGAUCCGCGGCCCCGGCUGAGGACAAGGUCGACGUUGCCCAGUAUCACGAAGCGUGCGUUCCUAUGCGGGGUGGUUGUGGAGGGCGCGGGGGAUGGGCCGAUCCCGGAAGACAUACAAGACAUGAUCGCAGCUUUCGGUGAAAGCAUCGAUACAGAGUCAGGACCAACCUCUGCGCGAUCGCCAUCUUCAAGAAGUGCUAACACAUUUACUGCAGGUACUCGAAAGCUGGCCGCAGCCAACGCUUGCGCCCUCGCAGAGAACAUCAAAGAGCUCGUUGCGACCGAGAUCUCGUAUGUAGACCGCCUGAGAUCACUCAAGCUUGAUUACGCCGAUCCCCUGAGGUCGUUUGCCAAGAACAAAGAUACAUCCAUUUUGCCGGCGUACGAGGCCAACACCUUGUUCGCCAACAUCGACACCCUCCUACCAGUGAAUGAGGCAUUUUUGGAGGACCUCAAACUCGUGCAGCUGCCCGGAGGACCUGGCGUAGGAGACGUCGCGCUGAAGCACUUCAAGAUCAGCCGCGGAUUCGAACACUACAAGAUGUAUUAUUCGAAGCGAGAGGAAGCACAGCGCCUAUUCGAGGCUCAAGUCAAGAAGUCUUCCAAUUUCGUUGCCUACAUGGAUCGCGUCAAGUAUGCUGGGAACAGUGGGCGUAACUGUGUCGGGCUGCGCGAGUUGCUCAUGGAGCCCGUACAGCGCAUCCCUCGGUACACGCUGCUGUUUCGCUUGAUGAUCAAACACAUGGUCCCUGACGACCCACAACGGGCCAAGCUCGUGGAGGCGGACGAGAUCGCCUCCAACAUCGCGUUAGCGGAGACAGACGAGAAUACAAAACGCGCCGAAAGGAUGUUUUGUUUGCGGAACAGCAUAGAGGGCUUCCCACCAGGCUUGCUAUCGAACAGUCGUCGCUUCAUUGACUGCAUUGACGUCGAGGAUGUGGCCGACAAUGGUGCUGCGUAUUCCCUGGGGGGCGACGUGCAGUCGAUGAACGCCCUGCAUUGUACUUUGUUCUUGUUUGAUGACAAGUUGAUGAUUGUCAGGCGGCCGAGUGACAAGAGUGGCAGAGCUCUGGCUGGGUUGGAUGACAUGGACAAGCCGGCUGCGAAAGCGCAUCCCCUCUCGAUGAAGAAGCUCAAGAAGGCUCAAAUGAGCUGCAAGGGCGUGAUGGAUGUUACAGACGUCGUUGCGACGGACGUAGGUGGCAGCGAUAUGCAUAUAUUCCUCGAGAGCCCUCCACACGACCAAGGCGAUCGCUGGUCAGCGGGAUACAAAGCUCACGGAAGAGCGCAAGAGCAGUUUCUAGAGAGCCUGUGGACCGCGCAGGCGGUAUACCGAACUCGGAGCGGACGCCCUGUAGCCAUUCAAGCAGAAGAACGCGAAGUAGAGUCUUAUGCUGGAACAAAGACCAUUGCUCGGACGUACUUCAACGUCUACACGAGAUCGUGGUAUCUCGCCGAGGAGAAGAAGCCCAAAGUUGUCGUUCACAUCGACCCAAUGGGGUCCGGCGAUCCAAUCCCUUUUGGUGGUCGCAGUCCACCAUACGUUGUCAUAAAGGUUCAACCGAUGCCUGGGGCGCUAUCGCGAUAUGAAGUCGCCUCCAAUGACCCUGAUGAUGAAACGGAGAGCGACAUAGUUCACAAUGACGUUGUCCCCGCGAGAAUUGUACAAACAAUUCACCAAUAUGGACUUUUCAAGUUCAGUACUGGACGCAACUCGAUGCCUUCGACGCCCACUGCAACUAAGUCCCGCGCUGCUACAUUCAGGUUGGACGUCAUCUCCCGGAACCUCUUCAACACUCGUCCAAGUUCUGUUACGAAUGAUGUCUUCGGCGGAUCCACGAACAGCAGCAGACGCACAAGGACGACUACAAGUCGUUCAUCUGUAUAUACGGGAACAAUGUCCACUGCAGGCCACGGUAGCAGCCUAUCCCGCUUCUCACAGGCUGCUUCGACUCUGACCGCCGCUACAUCCAUCGAAGACGAGCCAUCAUUGAGGGGCUCCAAGAGCAGCAGAAGGUCGCGUUCUCUGUCGCAGCCGAACAAGCUCGUAAAGAGACCCAAGUCACCGAGAGUUGAUGACUCCAUCAGCGAGCCUGAGUCGUCUCCGAGUCGAGGCAAGCACCGGCCGAUCGCACGAAGUCGUAGCGAGCCAGCGGACAUGGAUGACGACGAAGACGAUGCGGCGAUACUACACUGUGCAUUUGCUGACCCGGAUGAUCAGGACCUCGAGGGCCAACUCGAGCUUGCGCAGCUCAACGGUCAGACUCAUGGCGAACAACAUUGGGCACACCUUAACCUCAAUGAACCUAUCGACGAGAACAUCUACGAUGAGGAGCCUAAUGUUACGCGGCCACUGUCCCGAACCUCUCGCACUACUCGACAGUUGCCGGAUGCCCCGAUGGGUAUGAACAGUCGGCGCUCUCCUUCACCGCGACCCGAACUUAGCAUAGAAACUCGAACAAUCACGCCAGACCUUCAUAGAGCCCGCUCUCUAUCUAGGCAUUCGUCUGAUCGACGGCCGAUCGGCCCUCGAACACCUUCACCAAUGCCUCCCCGGACGCCGUCACCCAUGCCCGUUCGAGCGCUGUCGCCUACUUUAUCUGUCAUCAGCCCUCAGACCUAUAGCCUGGGCGCGGCGCCCUCUGUCGAGGCCGACUUGGCACAUGAGACAACAUUGGUGAAUUCGACCCAGUCUCCUGGUCGGUCUCCUAGUUCUCUUGUCACUCCAGUGAAGCCGCGGAUCCCUCGCAGUAAGCGCCAGCCGUUCGGGCAUACGGAGAAUAUGGAGACGACUCCCAAGGCCGAGCGCACUGGGGUACCACAGACGAUAGUCCCGACCAUAGAGCCCCUUUCGAUCAAGAAGAAAAGCUCGGUAGCAUCCUCCACACGUAGUUCACCUUCCCGUUCUCGUCCUCCUUCGCAGACAACUCGUGCCUCGCCAAGAGGCAAGCGGAGUGGAGGUCGAAAAGUCUCCUCAGGCAGUCCGGGCACCAUCUCAGAGCCGCUGUCUGCCGUUCCUGCCUCGAGCGAAGACGCUGUGCGCUUGAUGAGGCUGGUAGAAACGACGAAAGAGGAUUUGGAUUCCUCGAGGCGAGCUGUCAAGCGUAUUCGGCUAGAGACAGAAAGACUGCGUUCUAUCACACCAGCCGUCGAAUCGUCCCAGCGAGCAGCAGACCCCUUUGCGCGAGCAGCAUCCCCGUUCGGAUCGCCCAUUAAGACUCGCAUCCCUCGGCUUCCGGAUUCUAAAUCUGAGUCAAAAGAUCGAGAAGAUCGAUUGAAGGAAAUGCAGAUGGCAAUCAAUCGCCGCAAGGCGCGCGAAGGCAUAAAGCCUUUGUGGAAGCAAGAGGAGAGCUCUUCAUAUUCACCAACUCCUGCGAGCCCUGGAACGCCCACGAACGUGCAAGACGUUGCUGAUUCCAUCGACGAUCUUCUCGAUGUAGCCGACCGAGCACUCGAAAAGGUAGCGGCGAAGGAUAUUCAGCCCGAUGUGGAGAGGGUCGUAGCUCUGCUGCACCAGAAAACGUCAGAACUGAUCACGGCUCAGACGCAACUGAAGAGCACUCGUGUUCAGCUCGAGACAGUAAAGGCGCUCGUCGAUCAUUCCAGGGACGAGAAGGACUACUUGUUCGAUGUCUUCAACGAGGAGUUGCUCAAGAUGUAUGACGACACGCAGCUGGAUGCAGAAGACGCAUGGACAGCUAUGACGAAGGAUCUACGGGACACUAAGAAAUCUCAGAAAGUUACCGCUCAAGAGAAUUCGCGACUGAAACGACGAAUUGAAGAUAUGGAGAUGCAACAAGAAGAGUGGGGUGCUCUUUUGAGGGCGCAUGGACUCAUUCCAUGAUGUUUGGUUUUUUUGAGGUCGACUUGCUUGAUAUACUGACGUACAUCCUAUGACCCUACUGACUGUAUUAUGUCUCUUUCCCUCUGCCGAUUG